AUGGUUCUGGAAGCGAGGAUAGCCGUUGAACAAAUAGUAAUUCCUAAAGGAGAACCUGUGGAGCUACUCCCUAGGCCCUCCAACAUCAUACUGCUUCAGAAGGAUCUCAUUCGGAAAUACAAUCUACAAUCGGAAAGAGUUGGUUCAGAAUCAGAUAUACGGCUGCGUAUCCUUCCAUUUCAAAGUAUGGAGGAUGAAGACACACAAACUAGUGAAAGAACUGAGGCUGACAAUGAGUUUGAUGAGUUAUUUAAUGUUAAUGCUGAAGCAAAUGGUUCACCUAAUACCCUGGAAAAAUUGCCUUUCCUUCCUGACUAG